AUGAGGGCAGCCCACACCAAGGCAUUGGGCUUCAUAGCCUUUGUCAUGCUCUUGGCCUAUUUGGUUCCUGUAACUGCUCUGGCUGUCCCAGACCUUCGAGACCGACACGACGGGGUCUGUCGAAUGAAUUCGGAUAACUGUACGGUAGAGAAGCAAAAUAACGUUCAAGAGAAGAAUAUUAUGGGAUCUACGAAGGAACAAUGCCGAUCCAAUCUUCGUAGGCAUGGCUAUACGCAUAUAUGUGAUCCUUCACAUGUGCCAAAGUACAAAUUACCAUCAAAAGAAAAUAUACGUCGCCGAUCAGCCUGGAGGCAGUUUAUUGAAUGGUUGUAUGGGACAGGAGGGUGGCCGAAUCGGAAGACCCAACCGCCAGGGGCUCCACGAGGAUCACCAAAACAAGAACUGCAAGACGAUCCAGUAACUGUAGGCCCUCCAGGACCACCUGGACCUCAAGGACCGCAAGGAGCUCAAGGACCGCAAGGAGCUCAAGGACCGCAAGGAGCUCAAGGAGACGCUGGACCGGCUGGACCACAGGGAGCCACCGGUGAACAGGGUCCCGCAGGAACAAAUGGCCAAGAUGGAGAGACUGGGCCUCCAGGGCCGAAAGGCGACACCGGCCCUCGGGGCUCGGCUGGUUCUGAGGGUCCAACUGGCCCAGCAGGCCCAACUGGCGCUCAAGGACCCAAAGGUGAUACUGGGGAUACAGGUGUCAAAGGAGACGAUGGGACACAGGGGUCUAUAGGGCCAACUGGAGCUACGGGAGAUACUGGUCCCAAGGGAGAUAGCGGAACUCAAGGCCCCAUAGGGCCAUCGGGCGAAACUGGUGCUACUGGGCCACAGGGAAGCACCGGUCCUCAAGGUCCUCAGGGAGAUACAGGUCUCCAAGGGCCCCAAGGUUUACCUGGUGUGACGGGUGAUCAGGGCCCCAAGGGCGAUACGGGAGCUCAAGGCAAUGCCGGGCCAAAAGGUGACUAUGGGCCUCAAGGGCCUCAAGGUCUAACGGGCGCCACUGGCCCGAAGGGUGACACAGGAGCCCAAGGUCCGGUUGGGCAAACUGGAGAAACCGGAGCUGCCGGCCUCGAGGGCCCUUCAGGACCAAAGGGUGAUACUGGCGAUACUGGCCCCAAAGGCGAUGCAGGGCCACAGGGGCUUACCGGGUUAGCUGGAGAUAUUGGUCCCGUUGGCCCUCAGGGAUUUGCUGGAGGAACUGGUGCUCAAGGGCCUCCGGGUCCUAAGGGAGAUACUGGGGAUAUAGGACCCAAAGGUGAAGUUGGGUCUCAGGGGCCAGUAGGCUUGAUAGGUGAUACUGGACCUGUUGGUCCACAGGGGCCAAAAGGCGACACUGGAGCUAGUGGUAUUCAAGGCGAUAUUGGCUCCCAAGGUCCGAAUGGAGCAGGCCUCAAGGAGAUACUGGCAUUCCGGGGGAGACAGGAGCAACAGGCCCAAAGGGCGAUACAGGUGAUUCAGGGCCUCAAGGUCUUCCAGGACCGAUGGGAGCGACUGGUCCUCAAGGCGAAACGGGUCUUCAAGGGCCGAUGGGCCCAGCUGGCCCCGAAGGACCCAAAGGAGCGACUGGUGCCCAGGGCCCAACUGGUACGACUGGUCCUCAAGGGCCUGUUGGGCCUGAAGGAGCAGUCGGGCCAAAAGGGCCACAAGGGCCAGCAGGACCAAUUGGACCUCAAGGCGAUACAGGUGCCCAAGGCAUACAAGGCGCCCAAGGUACAGCCGGCCCAACAGGCGGAAGAGGACCAGCCGGUGCUGAUGGCGCUUCUGCUGGCUACACCGCAAACUACGACUAUAUUGGCUGCUAUUCGUCGAUCCUCGGCAAGUAUGGUUUCGAUACAUACGUGUAUUCUGAGCCCUUGA